AUGUCCGGAAUGGAUAACACUACCAACUUCUUUGCUAGGAAUAGAACAGCCAUUGCGCUUACCGCUUUAGCGGGAGUUUCCGCCGCUGGAGCUUACUACUAUUACAGUCAGCAACAAUUAGGAAAGAGUGAUUCACAAUCAGACUCGAGCUCGAAAAAAAAGAAGAAGAAGUCUAAGAAGAAGGCUAAGAACGGUGAAGGUGAAUCAGGAGCAUCUGCCAGUGACAGCACCGAAAAGAGCGUGAGCUCGGGUGAAAAAUUGUACCCAGUUGAUGCGAAGGGAGUUCCACAGAUCGGGGACGACGCCGUCGCUAAAUUGUCGGAAAAAGAAAAAGAUGAGUGGGCAAUUGCAUUGAAGGAGGACGGUAACACCGAAUUCAAGAACAAGAAGUACGACGAAGCGAUUGUGUACUACUCGGCAGCAUUAAAGUUGAAAACUGAUCCGGUAUUUUUUUCCAACAGAUCUGCUUGUUACGCCGCGUUAAACGACCAUGAGAACGUCAUCAAGGAUACCACCGAGGCGAUCAAGAUAAAGCCAGACUACACUAAGUGUGUGUUGCGUCGUGCAACCUCGUACGAAAUCUUGGAAAAGUACACCGAUGCUAUGUUUGACUUGACUGCUUUGACUAUCUACGGUGGUUUCAGCAACAAGUCUGUCGAGCAAGUUUUAGAAAGAGUGUUGAAGAAGCAUUCUGUUAAGAUUGUCGAAGCAAACUUGAAGAACAGAACUCUUGAAUUGCCAUCGGCAUCCACAAUCGGUUCUUUCUUUGGCGCCUUCGUCCCAGAAACUAACCCUGAAGGUUUAAGCGAAUCAUCUGAAGGUUCUGACAAGUUCUUGUUUGACGCUUUAGCUAACAUUAACUCCAACACCCAAGAAGGUUACGAAAAGGCCGACACCUUGUUCAACCAAGCUGUUGAAGCUUAUAACAUUGAAGAAUUGACCAACAAGUCUGAUGCCGCUGCUAAGGCUUCAAUUGCUUUAGAAUACUCGGCUGCCAUCAAAUUCUUGAAGAAUGACCCAACUGCUGCUGCUUCUGAUAUCGCCAAGGCUAUGGCUUUAAAACCAAGACCAAGAACUUACAUCUUUAGAGCUUUAAUCAAUGCUGAUAAGGCCUCUUUCGCUGAAGCCAUUAGUGACUUCGAAGAAGCCAAGCGUAUCAAUCCUAAGUUCCCUGAUACUUUCUACCACUUAGGUCAAUUAUACUAUCUUACCGGUGAUUUGCAAAAGGCUGAAGAAAACUUCACCUUAGCUAAGGACUUGAAUCCAAAUAAUGUUUACGCUCAUAUCCAAUUAGCUUGUAUCACUUACAAGAAUGGUGAUAUUAAGGCUGCUGAAGACAAAUUCACUGAAGCCAAGUUGAAGUUCCCUACUUCUCCAGAAAUUCCUAAUUACUAUGGUGAAAUCUUAGCUGAUCGUGGUGACAUUCAAGCUGCAUGUAAGCAAUUUGAUACCGCUGCUAGAUUGCAAACUGCUUUACCAACUUACUCAGUUGGUGCUUUACCAUUGAUUAACAAAGCAACUUUGAUUUCCAGAGAAAGCUUAGAAAGAAUGGAUGAAUCCGAAAAAUUAUUAACCGAUGCGUGUGAAUUAGAUCCAAAGUCUGAAUUAGCAAGAAUUUCCUUAGCUCAAAUCAAAUUACAAAAGGAACAAGUCGAUGAGGCUAUUGUCUUAUUCGAAGAGUCUUCAAACUUAGCUAGAACCAUCGAAGAAAAGGUUCAAGCCACUUCGUUUGCUGAAGCUACUAAGAUGCAAAAGAGAAUCAAGAAUGAUCCAAUCUUAACCAAAAAGAUUGAAGAAGUUAUGAGAAAAUCAAUGAUGUAA